CUUGACAUCAAUUACUUCCAAGCGCUUGCAUUUGUUUUGCCACAAAGUCGCCUGGCGGGUUGGCGUUCAUUUGCCAGUUUGCCACCGGCAGCCUCCCCGAGAUGCAGACAGUCUACCUGCACAGCCGCCACCAGCAACUGGAGGUCUUCACCACAGUGCUCACCCCUCGAGCCUGCCAUCCGUACAAAGGCAACGAUGACAAGAUGGCGUCGAUGCACAGCUACAUCCCCCACUGGCCCGACGAGCUGGAGCUGUCCACCAAUGAUGUCAUAACGGUGCUGUCCCAUGAUCUUUCAGGUCACCUGCAGGACGGCCACUUCCCAGAGCUUGGACAGGACAACGUGUCCGCCAAAGCCGGCGUAAGGUGGACGAGGAGCGUGUCACAGAGAGCCGCCUCGUUCUCGGACGGCGACGGACGCUGCAACAAUGCCAGCGGUCACAUUCUGCAAGCCCUACGUGGGGGGAGCCGCUCGGGAGGGCAAGCGGAGCAAGACCCCAUGCGGGGGCCCACGUUGGCCCCCGGCACCCCCCGCGACUCCCCACAGAUGCAGCGCUCCCCAGGCCUGCUGCACAGGAUGCUGUCCAGGCGUCGCAGGAAGAGCGAAUGUCAGGGAAGCACCAAUGGAGCCUUUGAGGGGGACUAAAAGGAGACCCCUCCCCAGUUUACGCCC